AUGGCCUCUCUCAAGUUACACAACUCGCUGCAUCCCGGCGCACCAGUUCCCUUUGUUCCUCGUCAAGAUGGCAAGGUGAGCUGGUAUGUCUGUGGCCCGACAGUCUACGAUAAGAGUCACUUGGGCCACGCCCGCAACUACGUGACCUCGGACGUCAUUCGCCGCAUUUUGAUGCAUUACUUCAAGUUUGACGUCAAGUAUGUCAUGAAUAUUACCGACAUCGACGACAAGAUCAUCAUCAAAGCGAGACGGCAGCGACUCCUCGACGUCGAGAAGAAGAAGCAAUACUCUACCGAAGAGGUGAAGCAACUGGGUCUGAAUGCGUUUGUCGCAUACGCCCAGAAAAGCUUGCCUCUAUUGAUCGAGACCGAGCCCAACCUCAACGAGUCCAAUUACCCUGCCAUCAGAGACAAGGCCUACGCCACGGUGCUCGCUGGAGGAACUCUCACUGGCGAGGGUAAACCCAGCGAUGCUGAAGCAAAGGUCAAGAUGCACAUUGCCAACAUGAAUGUGGCUGCCCAAGCUAUCAAGUCUGGCCAGAUCCAUCCCGGUUGCGAUGAAAUUCUGCUGCCCUAUCUCGACUCUCUGUACAAGGAGACGGUGGAUACUAGCGACCAGACCAUGUUCACCGACCUCACCAAAGCCAUGGAGGAGCUGUUCAUGCAAGACUUGGAUUCGCUAAAUGUUCUGCCUCCCGAUGUCAUUACUCGUGUCACCGAAUAUGUUCCUCAGAUUGCCGACUUUGUGCAACGCAUUGUUGAAAAGGGCUUUGCCUACGAGGCUGACGGCUCCGUCUAUUUCGAUAUCACUGCUUUUGAAAGGGCUGGCAACACCUACGCCAGACUCCGACCCGAUAGCAAAAACGACAAGGCCCUACAGGAAGAGGGUGAGGGCGCCCUCUCUACCAACCUUGGUGGCAAGCGCUCGCCUGGCGACUUUGCUCUAUGGAAGAAGUCCAAGCCCGGUGAGCCCUUCUGGCCCAGCCCUUGGGGCGACGGCCGUCCGGGCUGGCACAUUGAGUGCUCUGUCAUGGCAUCCGAUGUUCUUGGCUCGCAGAUGGAUAUUCACUCUGGCGGUAUUGAUCUCGCAUUCCCUCAUCACGAUAAUGAGUUGGCUCAGAGUGAAGCCUACUUUUAUGAGCCUGGCAAGGGUGAGCACACUUGGGUUCGUAACUUUCUUCAUACUGGCCAUCUGCAUAUUGCGGGCUCCAAGAUGUCCAAAUCCCUCAAGAACUUCCAGACCAUUCAGGAUGCGCUCACCACCACAUUCAAUGCUCGUCGCAUGCGCAUUGUAUUUUUGAUGGGCAAGUGGAACGAUGGCGUUGAGAUCUCGCCCGACAUGAUUACCCAGGCCGAUAGCUGGGAAUCUACCAUAAGCAACUUUUUCACCAACACAAAAUCCUGGCUCGCCGAGGCUGGUGGCAGCAGCGGCAUCAAAAACUUGUCUCUCUCUGACAAGUCUGGCUCACCCCUCGUCACGGAGCUGGAACAGGCCAAGUCCGAGGUCGACGCUGCGCUGUCAAACUCUUUUGAUACCCCUCGAGCCAUGCUCGUCAUGCUAAAGCUUGUCAACACCACAAACGCUUACCUCAAGGACAACAGGGAUGUUAAUCUCUCCGAGGUGGAGGCUAUUGCCCGAUGGCUCACGAACGUGGUUGGCAUCUUUGGCCUUGACGCCAACGCCAAGCCUCCCUACAAUGGCCUCGGAUGGGCGUCUCUCAUUGCCGACAACGUCGAUCCCAAGGCAGCUGUUGAGCCCUACAAGUCCAUGAUGGACAAGGUCAAGGUUGAUGUCAAGGCACUGUCUUUGGACAGCGAGAAUAUUUCUUCCUUGAUCGCCAAGGAUCCUACUAGUGAAUUUGACAUCAUUGCUCAAAGUGGCUCCAAGGACAUUGAACAGCUCUCUCUACCCUACCUCCGUGUGGCUGCCCAGCUCCGUGACGAGCUUCGCCGCGUAGUGUCUGCGCAAACUCCCGACGUCAAGAAGGCUAUUCUCAGCCUGACUGAUCGCAUCCGCGAUCAUGACUUUACGAACCUGGGUGUCUAUCUCGACGACCGUCCUGACAACCAGCCUUCUCUCAUCAAGUUCAUCCCCGCCGCCGAGCUCAUUGCCGCGCGCGAGGAAAAGGUAGCGGCAGCCGCGGAAAAGGCCAAGAAAAAGGAGGAAGCUCGCAUUGCGCGCGAAAAAACGGAGCAGGAGGCCCGCGAAAAGGCCAAGAUGCCCCCGGAGGACUUGUUCAAGACGGACGAACGCUACAGCGCCUGGGACGAGCAGGGCCUGCCGACGAAGAUGAAGGAUGGCAGUGAUGUGCCAAAGAGCCAGCAGAAGCAGAACAAGAAGAACUGGGAUAGACAGAAGAAGGCGCACGACGACCUAAAGGCCAAGGGCGGCCUGUAA